AUUGUGACGCCCGCUCCGUCCGCUCCUCGUGUGUGCCACGCCCCCUAAUUACCCACGUGUGAUUUCCUGAUCGUGCCCAGUCGUGUCUUGUUUCCUGCUGCCUUGUUUCAUGUAUUUAAGUUCCUGAUUUGUACUAACCCGUGUCUGUCAUUGAUGUUUCCCGAUGUCUGUUCUCGCCCUGUGUCCCUGCCUUCGUGCCAAGAAUAAACCCCGUUUUCCCGUAUCCCUCUUGCCUGCCUGCUCCUUCCGCACGAUCGCCGCUCUGCUCGCGAUCGCUGCCCACGACCCGUGACAGAAUGACAGACCAACUCAACAAGGCACAGCAGCAGACCGAGAGCCAACGUCUCGGUCUGCUGCAAGAGGUACACUACUGGCUGAACCAGCCCGACGUCCAGGAGGACCCCGUCGCGCUGCAAUUGGCCACCGACAGCUGCGAUCUCCUGCUGGCGAUGUCCCCAUCGGAGGGCGGGCAUCGUCUAGGAGAGGUGCGCUCCCACCUCAACCAGCUGGUUCAGCGCCUAACAGCGCGGAGGUUGGGGCUGGACGCACGGUGCGUCCCGGAGGUUGUUCCCCAGCCGUCCGUCCUGUCGGACGUGGAGCAGCCUCCCGCGGACACCAUGACAAAGAGGAAGAAGAAGAAGAAGAAGAAGCACGCGAUCGCCCCUGCAAUCGUUUUGGGAGCGUGCGCGCUCAUCCCCGCUUCUCUCCUAACCGGGGAAUUGGAGGACUCCCCGGCUGACCUCGACGUCAUCACCGCAGCUAAGCUGCCUGCGCUGGCAGCUUCCCCAGUCCGGGGAGAGCACCCAGCCGCCGCUGAGCUGCUACCGCCCCUCGAGCGGUACUACUUCCGGCCGGAGCGGCUGGCCAACAAGGGGGCCCGCGCGGUGCGGGACGCUAUCCCGCGUGUGCCCCGGGCACUUAAAGGGACCACGUCCGUCUUGCCCGCACGGGACCUACCGGUCCCGCCGCCUGCAGCCCCUGCUCAGCCCGAGCAGCCGCCUCCUGUGCCUGCAGCCCCUGCUCAGCCCGAGCAGCCGCCUCCUGUGCCUGCAGCCCCUGCUCAGCCCGAGCAGCCGCCUCCUGUGCCUGCAGCCCCUGCUCAGCCCGAGCAGCCGCCUCCUGUGCCUGCAGCCCCUGCUCAGCCCGAGCAGCCGCCUCCUGUGCCUGCAGCCCCUGCAGCUCCAGGGCAGGCGCCCCCACUGCAGCCACCUGCUGCAGCUCCAGGGCAGGCGCCCCCACUGCAGCCACCUGCUGCAGCUCCAGGGCAGGCGCCCCCACUGCAGCCACCUGCUGCAGCUCCAGGGCAGGCGCCCCCACUGCAGCCACCUGCAGCAGCUCCAGGGCAGGCGCCCCCACUGCAGCCACCUGCUGCAGCUCCCGGGCAGGCGCCCCCACUGCAGCCAGCUCCUGUUCCUGACCGUGCUCCUGUUCCUGACCGUGCUCCUGUUCCUGCAGAGGCGCCCCCUCUGCAGCCGCCUGCUGCAGCUCCCGGGCAGGCGCCCCCACUGCAGCUACCUGCUGCAGCUCCCGGGCAGGCGCCCCCACUGCAGCCAGCUCCUGUUCCUGACCGUGCUCCUGUUCCUGCAGAGGCGCCCCUCUGCAGCCGCCUGCUGCAGCUCCCGGGCAGGCGCCCCCACUGCAGCCACCUGCUGCAGCUCCCGGGCAGGCGCCCCCACUGCAGCCAGCUCCUGUUCCUGACCGCGCUCCUGGUCCUGCAGAGGCGCCCCCUCUGCAGCCGCCUGCUGCAGCUCCCGGGCAGGCGCCCCCUCUGCAGCCGCCUGCUUCAGCUCCCGGGCAGGCGCCCCCACUGCAGCCGCCUGCUGCAGCUCCCGGGCAGGCGCCCUCACUGCAGCCAGCUCCUGUUCCUGACCGCGCACCUGUUCCUGACCGCGCUGCAGCUCCCGGGCAGGCGCCCCCUCUGCAGCCGCCUGCGGCAGCUCCCGGGCAGGCGCCCCCUCUGCAGCCGCCUGCUGCAGCUCCCGGGCAGGCGCCCCCUCUGCAGCCGCCUGCUGCAGCUCCCGGGCAGGCGCCCCCACUGCAGCCAGCUCCUGUCCCUGGCCGCGCUCCUGUCCCUGACCGCCCUGCUGCAGCAGCUCCAGAGGCGCCCCCUCCGCCUGCAGCAGCUCCAGAGGCGCCCCCUCCGCCUGCAGCAGCUCCAGAGGCGCCCCCUCCGCCUGCAGCAGCUCCAGAGGCGCCCCCUCUCCCUGCUGCAGCUCCAAGUCCUGUCGCCCUGGUCCCUGAGGUGGUCCCGGAGGACUCCAUCGUGGCUCCUCCCUCUUCAGAGGUGGAGGAGCUUGAAUGGGACCCCUCGGGGACCACACUAGUGACUCCUUCACCCUCACCCCGGCGACAUCGACCCCGACCGGGGGUCGGUAUGUCUGUGUCCCGCAGAGGGAGGGGACACAGACGUCGGACUGGGGUCCCUCCCGCCCUGCCCCCUGGCUCGCCCUCCCUCGCCUGCGCUCUGGCUCGGUUGGCGCCUGCGGGUCCUGGCCCUCCGGGUCGGCUGUCGCCUGCGGGUUCCCCUCCAGUACCUCGUCGCCCCGCCUCGCUCCCCCCUCCGGUGCCUGGUCGGCCGCCUGCGGGCUCCCCGACGGCGGCUCCUCGGUUGCCUGCGGGGCCCCUACCUCCGGCCCUCCGCCGGACGUCGCCGCCUGCUGCGGCUCCCCCCUCCUCCGGGCCUUCGCCGUGGGCCCCUCCUGCUCCCUCGUCCCCUUCCCCGGUGCUCCCUCCUGCUCCCUCCCUGGCCCCUCCGCAGGUCCCUCGCCCUGCCUCCUCGGCCCCUCCGAGGUCCCCUCCGGCUCCGGCCUCCCGGCCGCCUGCGGCCCCUCCAGCUGCCUCCCGUCGCCCGCUGGGGCUCCCUCGGGCUCCCCUUCCUUCCUCCUCCUUCUCUCCCUUCUUUCCUGUCCCUGUCCCGCCUGUCUUUGUUCCUCCUCCUGCCUUUGUCCCGCCGUCCUCUGUUCCUGGUCCCUUUGUUCCGCCCCGCUCUGUUCCUGGUUUCCCGUCGUUCCCUCCCAUCACUCCCGCUCCUUUUGUUCUGCCUGUUCCCUCUGUUUCUCCCUUCCUGGUCUGUCUGUCGGCUUUUCCUGUCUUGUGUAGUGUCCUGUCCUGGCUCCUGCCUCUUUGUCAGUUUUGCCUGUCUGUCUUGUUCCCUGUUCCCCGUUGAUUUUUUUUGCCCUUGUCUUUCAGGUUCUGGUUUCCCGGUCUCGUCCCGUCCUUCGCCUCCUCCCGGGCGCGCCCGGUGUAGCGCGCCUUUGGGGGGGGGUUCUGUGACGCCCGCUCCGUCCGCUCCUCGUGUGUGCCACGCCCCCUAAUUACCCACGUGUGAUUUCCUGAUCGUGCCCAGUCGUGUCUUGUUUCCUGCUGCCUUGUUUCAUGUAUUUAAGUUCCUGAUUUGUACUAACCCGUGUCUGUCAUUGAUGUUUCCCGAUGUCUGUUCUCGCCCUGUGUCCCUGCCUUCGUGCCAAGAAUAAACCCCGUUUUCCCGUAUCCCGCUUGCCUGCCUGCUCCUUCCGCACGAUCGCCGCUCUGCUCGCGAUCGCUGCCCACGACCCGUGACACAUAUAUAACCGCACACACACACACACACAAAUAGAUUAUAUGUUAUAUAUUAGAUAAGUGGCAGAAAAAUCGAUGGAUGGAUGGAACUGUAUGAAAAAUAAUGCUGCUUAUGAAAGUAGGUAAGUAAGAAUUUCAGGUUAGAAUUUCAUUGUGCCUUGUACGCAUGACACUGCUUUCUUAGAAACUUAUACUGCCAUUAAAUUUUGAAGACACUGUACAAAGAAGGACACAAUAGUGAUCGGAAUAUUUUUUUCUUGUCUGUGAAAAUAUACAGCUCUUCUGGACACUCAUUCUUAAAAAAAUCAGAUGCUACUUUAAUACUAUCUGUACCGUUAGUAAAGACAAUGUUCCGUGACAAAACGUGACCAUACUGCCACGCCAAUUUCUGGUGGCACUGCACGUCGCGCAUGCGUCUUGUUAUCCGCAUGUAAGUGCACAGACGAAGCCGGAAUCAACACAGAAAACACGUGGCGGCCAGACUGGUACCUCUCCACGCACGUAUAAGCGGACGUGUUUGUAUAGACUUUUAUGAUGCAUUUUACUCCUCUGCGGACGACCGCCUGCCGCACUACAAAUUUGCCUUUAAAUGCCAACAUAGAUGAUUUUGAUGAGGAUUGGGGUAGUUUGCAAACCCUACAGCCAAUUUUCAAGGUAAUAGAACUGUUGCAUACAUAUAAAUGCGUAUGCAUAUGUGUGCAGACUUGUCCCAAAUUGAAAAGCUCACGCCAGCCAGUUGAUCAAAGUUGGCAGCCCCGUGAACUGCCGCUCUGAAUUUGUAAAACGUAGGGAAACAUACACAGACCUCGCGGCUGUGGUACGUGUGCAGGGAAUAUCAGAAUUACUACUAAUAAUACUUAAAUAGGGCACGUGCACAUGUGUAAAGUACAUAGCUUGACCAGAGAAAUAUGAACGUUUCCAUGUACGCAUACGCGGUGUAAUACGCGAGUGCUGCGCUUUGCGGAGAACCAGCCUAGUUGCGUCCGCGUUGGGAGCGUCGAGUCGGCGCGCUGCUGGAGAGAGGUGUGUGUCCAAAGUGGAUUAAAAGACGUUCAUAUUGUGACCUAAAGACAAACUCACUUUUAGUGGUAAUCUUUGUUGUGUAAUUUUAUGGUUAAUAUGUUUGAUGAAUGCUGUUUGUAAUUUUAUUUACCUGUAAUUAAGCCUAUUAGUUUAACAUGCGCGUCAUUUCGGCGCGUCUUCCCGCCGGCGUCGCGCGGGCGACCAACAUUUCCUGAGGUAAUUCACAUAUUUGACUUUUUAUAUUUUAUGUAUCGUACAGAAUAAUAGAGCGCAGGCUAAAGUGCAGUUCGGCCCCAGCGAGUCUCUCAGCGCGGCGUGUCUCACAGCGCAGGGGGCAGCCGGAGCGCCGCAGACUCGGGCGGCUACAUGAGUAUAUUGGGAAUAAAAUGCUCCUGCCAGCUGACGCUGGACCCCAACACUGCAAACAGAGAAGUGUCUCUGUCAGGGGGGAACAGGAAGGUGACAUGGGGGGGGGGGGGCAAACUCCCCCAUGUCGCUGUGCAUGCUGGGAUAGCUCACUGUGUGCUGGAGGAAUCAUUUUUACCGUAUCAGAGUCUCACAUGUCGCUGCUUCUCCGUGGCAAAAAGGUAAAAUCUCUGCUUUAUAACCAGUAUAACCCUUUUUACUCUGUCUGAAGUGUGAUGUAUGUUAAUAAAACAAGUAAUUGGGUUCUGUAAGCUGAACAAACAUACAAAAUGACUGUUUUUCUCUGACUUAUGUUCUAUGUUGGCUGUUAAUGCACCAAAACUGCCAAAACAAAUUCAUAGUACAUGCAGUUGAGGUAACUUAGUAAAGAGAAUGAUAUAAUCAAAUUAAUCAUAUAUUAACUAAGUAAACAUAAAUAACAUAAAAUCUUAAUAAGUCACGUUAGUACAACAACAACAGAAAGGCACCUGAUCAUCAAUGAAGUAGUGUAGGUGAUUACCAAUUACCAGAAAAAAAUCACAUAAAUCCUGUUUCAUUAGGAAUCCUGAGAUAUAUACAGUACUGUGCAAAAGUCUUAGGGAGUCAUAGGAAAUGUUUAAAGCUAUUUAUCUGGGUAGUAAAUUAAUAUUUUCUCAGUAUUAAAAACAAAUUUUAAUAUUAGAACAUGUGCAAAUUAUGAGUAAAACAAAAAAAACUAAAAGGAAUUUCUUAUGUUCUCCAAAAAGUUACUGAUAUCUUGUUGGAUGGCUAGAUGAACACCAAUAUGGUUCCUAAACCUCUCCUCAGGUUCACCUCGGCCAUUUCAUGUAUUUGUUAAAUUUCACCACCAGCUCAAUUCAUGAAACUAGUUUUAUAAAGUCACUGAGGUACUGAUUAGCUAUAUGAGGUGAGCUAGUGGUCAUGUCAAAAAAUACAUGAGUAUAUUGAAAAUACUGCCAAUACUGGGAUGACUUUAGAAGAGAUUUUGAAACGGUUAAGGGCAAACAGUUUGACAGACAUAAUAUCAUAGGUUUAAAUCAACAUGGAGAUCAUUUUAAAAGUUUAUGUGACUGCCUAAUAUAUAUAUAUAUAUAUUAAUAUAUAUAUGUAUGUAUGUAUAUAUGUAUAUAUAUAUAUAUAUCCAUCCAUCCAUCCAUCCAUUGUCCAAACCGCUUACUGGGUCGCGGGGGGUCCGGAGCCUAUCCCGGAAGCAAUGGGCACGAGGCAGGGAACAACCCAGGAUGGGGGGCCAGCCCACAGCUGUUUCUGCUCCCAUUGCAUUAAUAUGGAAGCUAUCUGCUUGUGUUGAUGUUUCGCCUGAUAUUUCAGGUGAUAUUUCAGGAUGCAGGCGGGUGGACUGGGUGGUAUUACUGUUAUAGUAGGGUUUGCUGGAUAGAUGGGCGAUUCACAGUUUAUAUUCCAUGAAAGUCCACAUAUAUCAUUCCAUUCACCCUACUCAUGUACACCAUCACAGUGGCCGGCGUCCAGGCAGGAUGUUCACCUGCACUUUUCAAUCUCUUAAUGCAUGUUACAGUGAGCAGCUGCCAUUCUGGGAAAGUCUGGCUUCCCUCUUGGGGACAUGAUCAACAGAAAAACGUGUGAAAGAUGAUGUGUUUUGGGGCAACUCUCAGGGGGGAGGCUGAUUUAUCACUAUUUGCCCAAUUGUGAGUCAAAGUCAGAAAACAAAAGCCUUUGUUCUGUUUUGGGCUCCGGCGCCCAGAUGGGGUGACUGGCCCUGCAGGCUGUUUGACUUCACUGGCUUGUUGUCAGACAGUUUAGCUGUACCUGUGGCUCAGAUCACGUGGGGACUUGUGGAACCCAUCAGCUGGGUCCAAUAAAUCUGACUGCCGUAGUCACAGUUAGCAUUAGCACAACUUCUCUAUCCAUGGCCUUCUCACUUCAUAAGUCGAAGUCAACUCUACUGUCAUUGUGUAUGAGCACAACGAAACGGGAUAGUAGGGCCAAUAAAGGCAGUAGAAUAGAAUAAAUAACAAUAAAGGCAGUGCGACAAUUAGCGUCCUGAAUAUAUAUAUAUAUAUAUACACACACACAUAUAUAUAUAUAUAUAUAUAUGACAUUGCUAAUGGCCACAUUCGGAUUCAGAUAUAAAGUCAAAGUAAUUAAAAAUCUGGGGCCGAGUGCCUGAAAGACUACAAGUCCUGCUACAGGUUGUCCUGUAACUAAUAGUUGUCCUAUGGACAGAUUCCCCCACCUGAGCUGUAGAUCUCUGCAGCUCGUCCAGAGUCACCAUGGGCCUCUUGGCUGCAUUUCUGAUCAGCGCUCUCCUUGUUCGGCCUGUGAGUUCAGGUGGACGGCCUUGUCUUGGUAGGUUUACAUUUGUGCCAUACUCCUUCCAUUUCUGAAUGAUCGCUUGAACAGUGCUCCGUGGGAUGUUCAAGGCUUUGGAAAUCUUUUUGUAGCCUAAGCCUGCUUUAAAUUUCUCAAUAACUUUAUGCCUGACCUGUCUGGUAUGUUCUUUGGACUUCAUGAUGUUGUUGCUCCCAAUAUUCUCUUAGACAACCUCUGAGGCCGUCACAGAGCAGCUGUAUUUGUACUGACAUUAGAUUACACACAGUUGCACUCUAUUUAGUCAUUAGCACUCAUCAGGCAAUGUCUAUGGGCAACUGACUGCACUCAGACCAAAGGGGGCUGAAUAAUUACGCACACCCCACUUUGCAGUUAUUUAUUUGUAAAAAAUGUUUGGAAUCAUGUAUGAUUUUCGUUCCACUUCUCACGUGUACACCACUUUGUAUUGGUCUUUCACAUGGAAUUCCAAUAAAAUUGAUUCAUGUUUGUGGCUGUAAUGUGACAAAAUGUGGAAAAGUUCAAGGGGGCCGAAUACUUUUGCAAGCCACUGUAAACCACAGGUAUCACUCUAACAGUAAGAAGGGUGAUCCGCUUACGACUGACAUGCAGUAGAGACAGGAUCCCAUCCAACACAGGACCCACUAUAGGCUCACACAGAAAUAAAGGAGAAAAACACCAGCUGCCUUUUCCAAGCUGUUUACAUUCCUGCGCUUCCUCAUGGUGACAGUAACAGCCCGUGUCACAUGACCACUGUCAUGUCAUACCCAUCACACCUGCCUGACCCUCCUGUCUCCUCACUAGCGUGACCCUCAUGAUUCAUGCCUGUUGCUUGUUGCCCCUCGUUAGUCUUUGCAUUUAAGUAUCUAUUUGUCUCGUCAGCCCCAGUCCGGUCAUUGAUGUUAAACCUUCCUGCUGCCUGUGACCUUCCCGGUUGCCAGUCCUCCCAUUUGUGAUCCCUCACGAUCCUCUUUGUUUCCAGUCUCAGCCCAUCUAGUUCAGCAAACCCCCUUUUUGUUUCACUACCAAUGAUACAGAGAUGAGAGUCUUUUACCAAGCGUACAGUGUCCAGAGUGGAUGAGCAUGACCACAGUGAGAAGAGGAUCUGAUGGAUGGAGGACCUAAGUACCAUAAUCUUAGUAACGCAUGAGCAGAAUUGGACCAUAAGAGGAACUGGCCGGCUCCAUCUCACACAUGCUAAGGUGGAUGAAAAGAUACAACCAAGUUUGUGUCGUGAUUUACGAAGACCUACCCCUGGGAAAGGAUAAUCUGCAGCCAGGAGAUUGGAUCCUGGUCAAGGUCCUGUUGCGAAAGGAUUGGAGCACGCCUCGGUGGGACGGACCUUAUCAAGUCCUCCUCACAACACCAACAGCGGUGAAAAUAGCAGAGCGACCUUCCUGGAUACAUAAGAGUCACUGUAAGCCCAUCAAGCCCGUAUCAGAGACCUCUGUACCUUCGGAGUAGCAGUGGAAGUCCGCUACAAAGGCGCAGCAAUCAAUAGGAUACUGACGUCUCAACCCGGUGAAGAAAACAGCUGAUCUGCACUCCAUUUACAAUGGCUCUGAUUGGGUGGGGAUGUGGUAAGGUAACUCUCGGUGUAAUUCUCUUUAUGGGAAUUGUUGGUCUGCUUCUGCACUCACCAGAGCAGGUGUUUCACCCACCUAGAUGGACACAUGACGGCUCCCACCUGAGACCUAUCUCCACAAAUGAGACCCAUCCUUUCCUACAAAAUUACUGGUACCGUUAUGUUUAUGAUUCAGCAAAGAAAGACAAUUUAACUAAUUGUUAUGUCUGUACCCACAUGCCAUCUCAUGCCGACGGAUUAACUAUAUAUGGGAAACCUAUGAAUAAGUCACAAGCAAAGUGUGCUGCCUCUUUUGCAGGUGUAGGCUAUCAGCAUGAUAAUAUAAAAAUAAAUGACACAGAUCCAUAUACUGCUGGUUUGGAUAAUGGCGUAUGUGCACAGCAGUUUUGGAUCGAUUUUGCUAUAAAAGUGUCAAAUAUAUCCUUACCUUUAUCUGUCCACCUGAACAUGGACCCUAAAACAUUUAAUCACUCAAUGUGUUAUGACCAAAUGAAUGGCACCCACCAUAUGGGGAACACCACCAACUGUGCCCAAAUACUAGUACACGGAGAAGGUGCCCCGGUAAACAUAAGUGGAUUUAGUAAUGGCACCUACUGGGUGCAAGGAGUAGCUUGGUUAUGUGGACCCCGCGCAUAUUUCGUUUUGCCCUAUAACUGGUAUGGUGUGUGCGCUCCAAUCUUUGUGUCAGACCAUACUUUCCUGGUGUCACUGUCGUCUACACCAGCGAACCGCAGGCGCCGGUCCAUCAUAACUACAGCUUCUCUCCGUCCUCAUGACAGUGUCUGGGGUUCAGAUGUUCCCCAGGAGUUCAAACAUUGGUCUACAGACCAGAAAGUAUUAAUGUCUCUUUUUCCCUGGGUAGGAACAGCAAAGAAUACGUUAUGAUUAGAAACUAUUGAUUAUCGUUUGGGGCUGUUCAUAAAUAACUCCAUCAUAAUAAAUGAGCAACAGAAUGGAGAGAUAGAUGCUAUUAAACAGAUGGUCAUUCAGAAUAGAAUGGUUUUAGACAUACUUACUGCUGCACAAGGUGGUGUAUGCGUGCUUUUAAAUAAUACCUGCUGUACAUAUAUUCCCGAUAAUGUGCACUCACCCAACAUGACUACAGCCUUGGACCGUCUGCGAGAACUUCAAAAGAUCAUGACCUUAGACCCUCAUGCUGGCCCCUCAUGGUUGAAUUGGUUUCUUACUGGGUCCUGGUGGCAGUUACUGCUAAAGUUCUCACUCCCCAUUCUUGUUACAUUAUUAUUUGUAUGUUGUUGUUUCAUUUGUAUUAUACCCUGCCUCCGUUCCAUGAUACAACAUACUUUUAAUUCUGUUUUUCUGCUAUACACUGCAGAAGAACGAAUGGAUUUACUAACCUUGUCUAGCCCUCUUAAUAAUGAUGAUGAUGUGAUCUGAAUGACGGUUGUGCUGAAAGUGUUUUUGCAAAUUGUACAAUACUGAUGUUUCUGAUCAUACUGUCAUGAUAAACAGGAGGGACUGUUAGGUUGAAGAAACUGUUAGUAAUCAUUUGUUAUCAUUUCUGUAUAAUCAGCAAUGAGUGUAAAUAUGUAUAUACAUUAUUUUGUUUUCCUUUACCUUCAUACUUUAGAUUAUAUUAGUUUACACGUAUCCUGAGCACGUGUUUAAAUAGUUGUCUACCUGAGUAAAACCAGAACUUCUUCUUACUCUCACAGUCUUUUCUUUGUUCUCACUCCAAGACCCCUGCCCCCCAUUGACUAUAAAUAAAGGUGCCAAGGGGAACCACCCUUUGUAACACAUUCCUUUGUAGCCUAGCAUGCAGAGAGUGUGGUUACCCUUGUGCAAGUAAAACUCUAA